CGGCGAGAAAGCGCCACAACAUUAAACACCAGACCUCUCCGUCACCGGGGAAUAGUGUCAGAGAGCCAGGCGGUGCGACCUGCCGCCGCCCGGUUCCCCGGGUUGUCUGUGGGCUUUAAGUGCGGAUUUGUUUUUUCCUCCCUCCACCAAAGGCCUGAAGGGUAUGUUUUCACUUUCAGAGAUUAAAACCGAAGCAGUGCUGGCGAAGAACGGACAUGCUUGACAUUUGUCUGCAGUUGCUUGUGCUGCACUUCGUUGUUUACUCGGAAAGGAGAGACUGAGACCCUGUCACUUGGCUUCUUCUCGGGUUAUGAUAUAACUAAUAAUAAAGCAAAACUGUGGAAGGAGAACCCGGGAACUGAGCAUGGUAGGAUCCUGAAGAGAAAAGUAGCUGGGAUCGACGGGAAGAGGAAGGGAAGGAAUGGCAUCCCGAGAGAGGCUGUAUGAGCUUUGGAUGCUUUACUGCAAUAAGAAAGAUCCAGAUUACCUGAAGCUCUGGUUGGAUAGUUUUGUGUCUAGCUAUGAACAGUUUCUGGAUGUGGACUUUGAGAAGCUGCCAACGAGGGUGGAUGACAUUCCGCCAGGAAUAUCUCUCCUUCCUGAUAACAUUCUUCAGGUCCUCAGGCUCCAGUUGCUACAGUGUGUCCAGAAAAUGUCAGAUGGCCUGGAAGAGCAGCAGCAGACUCUGUCACUUUUACUUGUGAAAUUUUUUAUCAUCCUUUGCAGGAAUUUGGCUAAUGUGGAAGAGAUUGGGAUGUGUUCAUACAUUAACCAUGUUAUCACCAUGACUACGUUGUACAUUCAGCAGUUAAAAAGCAAAACAAAAGAAAAGGAAGUGGAGGAUCAGACCCCCAUAGAAGAAUUUGUGAGACAUGCAUUGGCUUUCUGUGAAAGUCUCUACGAUCCAUAUCGAAACUGGAGGCAGCGAAUUGCAGGACGUUUCCUUAGUACAGUUGAAAGGAGCAGACAGAAGUAUAAACCAGCUUCCCUCACUGUUGAGUUUGUCCCUUUCUUUUACCAAUGUUUUCAAGAAAGUGAACAUCUCAAGGAAAGCCUAAAAUGUUGCCUGCUGCAUCUCUUUGGAGCUAUUGUGGCUGGUGGUCAGAGGAAUGCUCUUCAAGCAGUAUCUCCUGCCACCAUGGAAGUCUUGAUGCGUGUUUUAGCAGACUGUGACAACUGGGAUGACAGAAACCCUGAUGAAGUGAGCAGGAAGGCAGAGCUGACUCUGAAGUGCCUGACAGAAGUUGUCCAUAUCCUCCUAACCAGCAGUUCUGACCAGCGCCAAGUGGAGACAAGUACAAUAUUGGAGAACUAUUUCAAGUUGCUUAAUUCAGACCAUUCAGCCUUACCUAAUGCAAGGCGAUGCAGGCAGUGGGAGAGCAGAUUCAUAGCACUACAGGUCCAAAUGCUGAAUACCAUCACAGCCAUGUUAGACUGCACAGAUAGGCCUGUUCUGCAGGCAAUUUUCCUCAAUAGUAACUGCUUUGAGCAUCUCAUUCGACUGUUGCAGAACUGCAAGCUGUUUUUAAAUGCUAACAAUAAAGUGGCAGACAAGAGUGAGAAAGACCUUACCAACAAAUUACUGACAGAAAUGAAUCAGGACCAGGUGUUUCAGGGCCACCUGGACUCCUUGGCAGUAUCAACCAUUCAAGCCCUCACAGCAGUAAUGCACAAGUCUCCAGCUGCAAAGGAGGUCUUCAAGGAGAGGAUUGGGUAUGCACACAUAUAUGAGGUACUAAAAUCACUGGGUCAGCCAUCACGGGAAUUGCUGGAAGAACUCAUGAAUAUGGCUGUUGAAGGUGACCACAUGGCUGUUGGGAUACUAGGCAUUAGUAAUGUCCAGCCCUUAUUGCUGCUCAUCCAGUGGCUUCCAGAACUAGAAUCACACGAGCUGCAGAUUUUCAUCUCCAACUGGUUGAGGCGAAUCUGCUGUAUCGACAGGCAGAGCCGUGCCACGUGCGUCAAUGCGAACAUGGUCAUCCGUAUCAUCGACACCCUCAACUCCCACUCGCUGCUCCACGCCACUUGUGCAGAGAACCUGAUUGCCCUGCUGGGCUCCCUGGGGAGCCAGUCCAUGGGCUCGGAGGAGCUGCUGCAGCUGGUGCGGCUGCUGCGGCCGGAGGAGGCGCGGGGCGCUCACCCGUACGCCGUGCCGGCGAUGCGCGCGCUGCUGGCCAUGGCGCGGAAGCAGGGCCUGGCCAGCGCCCUGCAGUACUUCAACCUGCACCACAGCAUGGCCGGCAUCGCCCUGCCCGCCAUCCACAGGUGGCCGGGCUCCGCCUUCUCCUUCAACGCCUGGCUCUGCCUCGACCAGGACCGGGUGGAGCCCGGCACCACGGGCAAAAGCGGCAAGAGGAAGCAGCUCUACAGCUUUUUUACAGCAAGUGGUAUGGGGUUUGAAGCCUUUAUUACAUGCUCAGGGGUAUUGGUUGUUGCAGUGUGCACGAAGAGGGAAUAUGCAACAGUGAUGCUACCUGACCAUUGCUUUUUUGACUCUCUUUGGCACAACAUAACUAUUGUUCACGUGCCUGGGAAGAGGCCCUUUGGUCAGAGCCUUGUGUAUAUCUAUGUCAAUGGACAGCAGAAGGUCUCUGCCCCACUUCGAUUCCCUGCUAUGAAUGAAUCUUUUACUUCUUGCUGCAUUGGUUCAGCUGGUCAAAGAACAACAACUCCUCCUCCAUCUCAGAUCCCAGAUCCACCUUUUUCCUCCCCAGUCAUGCCCCAUCGGACAUCGCUCGGGGGCAUUCUCGCUACAGGAAAUUGGGGUGGGGUGCUUGGAAAACCAGAGCUCAUCACCAAAAUGAUCUCAGCAGGGACUCAGGACAGUGAAUGGGGGUGUCCAACUUCUUUGGAGGGCCAACUUGGAUCAGUUAUUGUCUUUCAUGAAGCACUGCAACCUUCUCAGGUGAAAGCAUUAUAUUUAGCAGGUCCAAAUUGUUUAACUCCGUGGAAGUCUCAAGAAGCUGAAGUAGCAGACCUCCCCAGUAAGGUGCUGCUUCAUUAUACACCAAAGGCCUGCAGAAACCAAAUUUGCCUUGACCUGUCUGCAAAUCUUUUACAUGGAAGACUAACUGGAAACAAAGUAGUGAAUUGGGACAUCAAGGAUAUGAUCAACUGUAUUGGUGGAAUGAAUGUGCUGUUUCCAUUGCUGGAGCAGAUCAGCUUUCUUGGUGGACAGAUACCUGGGAAGUCUGAAGGAGGAACUCUGCCUCCAGAGCUAGUAACUCCUGUAGAGGGUGACUGGGUGGUGUUUUCAUCCCCAAAGGCAUCAGAAGCACGUCUGGAGAAGAACAUAGUUGCGACUUUCAUCUUGAUGAUAAAACACUUUAUUCAGGGACAUCAUGUUAAUCAGGAAAAUCUCAUUCACUCCCAUGGAGUUGCCACCCUAGGAGCCUUGUUACAGAAGGUGCCAAGAAUCUUAAUGGACGUGAACGUCCUGAUGGCUGUGCAGUUGUUGAUAGAACAAGUCUCAGUAGAAAAGAACACGCAGCUUUUGCAACAGAUGUAUCACCACUUACUUUUUGACUUCAGCAUCUGGAACAGUGGUGACUUUCCCUUCAGAAUCGGACACAUACAGUAUCUUUCUACAAUCAUCAAAGACAGUAGAAGACUCUUCAGAAAGAAGUAUGGUGUGCAGUUUCUUCUGGACACACUCAGGAUUUAUUAUGGGACUGGUUGUAAAGACAGUGAUUUGGCUCCUGAUGACCUGAGAACAAUCCGGACAUCCCUGUAUGGACUGAUCAAAUAUUUCCUGAGCAAAGGUGGAACACAUGAAGAAAUUCAGAGCAUUGUGGGAUACAUAGCUGCCACCAGUGAUGAGGAGCAGCUCUGUGGAAUUUUGGACGUUCUCUUCAGCCUACUUCAUUCCAGUCCAACCCCAGACCAGCUUUUUUUAUUGCUCUUUGAACCAGGGAAUGCUGAUAUUCUUUAUGCUCUGUUAUUGCAUCAAAGAUAUUCUGACAGGCUUAGAGAACUUGUGUUCAAGAUCGUGGAAGAGAUGCUGAAAUGUACCAAAGUUUAUGAACGGAGCAAGCACCGUAUGAGACUCAGAGAAGUGGGGUACUCUGGGCUAGGACUCCUUCUGAAUGAAUCAUCACUUACUGUUUCUCUUAUUAAAAACCUUCUUAACCAAGUUCUGUAUGCAGAUCCUGCUGUGAAUUUUAAAGAUCUUCUAGCUGUAGUGUAUCUGGCUCAUAGAUCAGAUAUAAACAUGAGAGUGAUUAUCUGUAGAAAGAUUUUGCACCUCUUGCAUUCUCAACUGGAUGCAGCACAACAGAUUUCUCAGCAGCUGGGCUGGCAGGACACUUUGGUUAGACUAUUCCUGAAAGAAAACUCAGAGGUCCGAAUUGGCUUUAAGGAGAGCAGGACUGAUUCCUCCAGGGAAGAGGAAAAAAAGCCUCCUACUGAAGAGCUUCAGAAACAUCAAGCUGAUAAGACAGGGAGAGAGAAAGCUGACAGCUUUGGAUCAGUUAAUGGUCUGUUUGAUCAGUGGAGUUUAGAAGACAACAAAUCCCUGGACGUCCCUGCCCAUUUCUCUGUUAUGCCGCUGGAAGAUGCAUCCACAGCAGAGAUGUCUUUUAGCUCGGAGGGCCGAGAAUUGUGGCACAGUAAUCCUUCACAUCUCAGUUUAGAUUUGUCCAGUGUUGACUCUUAUGAAUUGGCUGAUGGUGGGAAUCAGAUGACAGACAGCCAGCCCAGCACUCCCUCACCCACAGAGAGCACAAAGCCCUUCUCCGAGCAGCCUGACAAAGAGCUGGGUGUUAGGAGUGAUGUGGGCUUCACUGCUGAGCUUUCUCUAUUGGAAAACGAAGGAGGGAGUGAUAAUGAACUCAUACAGUUACUUACUGACAUCCUACUGUGUAUAAUGUGGAAAGGUAUUGAAAAAUCUGAUGAUGAUGCUUGGAUUGAGAGAGGACAGGUGUUCUCUGCUCUCACCAAACUUGGGAUGUCUAACGAGUUGCUGCGGCCUUCUGAUGAGAUAAAACUCAACUUGCUGGAGAAGAUGUUAGAAUGGUCAGUCACUGAUAACAGAGAUUCAAAAGCUCUCCCUACACAUGCUGAAAAUGCCUUCAAACUCUUGCUAAUUGUACAAGGUUUCCUGCAGGCGGAAGGACUAAUUAAUUCAAAUUUAUGGACAGAAAAGCUCUUGGAAGAACUAGUGACUCUCAUGGAUAGCCUGUCAGUCUGGUACUCUGCUGGCCUAGAAGCAAUUAGGCUUUCACAGGUGCAAGUCCAGCUGCUCCUUGGAUUCAUUGCACAAGACAACUUACAGGUCUGUGCUAUGGCAGCAGCCAAACUAAACACCCUCCUUCAGACCAAAAUAAUUGAGAGCCAGCCUGAGGCAUGCUAUCUCCUGGGGAAGUUGGAAGGCAUUUUGAGUAGGUCAAUUGAAGAGAAAACAGAAACUUACUCAUUUUUGAUUCCCCUUGUUCGGACAUUGGUAUCCAAGAUUUAUGAACUUCUCUUUAUGAACCUGCACCUUCCUUCAUUGCCUCCUACCAAUGGCAGCCCAUCUUUCUUUGAGGACUUUCAAGAAUACUGCAGAUCUGAUGAGUGGCAAGCUUAUAUUGACAAAUAUAUUAUUCCAAAUAUGAAGCAAUAUGAAGAGAAUUCAUUCAGACAUGAUAAUGAGCAGAUGGCACUUUAUUGGAAAGAUUGUUAUGAAGCAUUUAUGGUGAACAUGCACAAGCGGGACCGGGAAAGAGGAGAAAGUAAGCUUAAAUUUCAGGAGCACUUUGUGGAACCGUUCAGCAGGAAGGCUCGGCAGGAAAAUCUGCGGUACAACAGCAUGCUCAAACAGCUCAGCAGUCAACACACAGCCACACUGAGGCAGUGGAGAGCAGCCCAGCUUUACUUGUUCUCUGAGCGUGGGCCUUGGGCUGAAAGGAAAAAGCGUCCUGUUCACUGGAAACUUUCAAAUGUGGAAAAUUUUUCACGUAUGAGACUAAAACUAGUGCAGAAUUACAACUUCAACUCUCAUCAGGAUGCUAGUGACCUGAGAGAUAAUUUAGGUGUGCACCAGACACAGCCCUCUAGUGAGUCUCUGCUUUUGGAGGUGGUCAAGCAGGUGAAAGUGAGUGACUUGGAAGAUGAUAUUCUGGAACUACCAGAAGAAGACACAGCAGCCAGUUCCAAUUUGGAUGAGAAGGAUGAGGAAAGUCAGAAAGAAAAGCUAAUAUUGUCUGAAGAUUGUGAACUCAUUACAAUAAUUGACGUGAUACCAGGCAGGCUGGAAGUCACUACCCAGCACAUCUAUUUCUUUGAUGGUAGCAUUGAGAAAGAGGAAGGGGUAGGUUUUGAUUUCAAAUGGCACCUUUCUCAAAUUCAAGAGAUCCAUUUGCGUCGGUACAACCUGAGGAGGUCAGCUCUGGAGAUCUUCCUUACGGAUCAAACCAACUAUUUCCUCAACUUCAAUAAGGAGGUACGAAACAAAGUAUACAGUCGGAUAUUGUCACUGCGUUCUCCAAACAUUUCUGGGACCAGAUCUCCACAGGAACUUUUCAAAGCAUCAGGUUUGAUGCAGAAAUGGGUGAAUAGAGAAAUAUCCAACUUUGACUACCUUAUUCAGCUGAACACCAUGGCAGGACGAACUUACAAUGACCUUGCUCAAUAUCCUGUGUUUCCCUGGAUUUUACGAGAUUACACCUCAGAAGAACUGGACCUGAAUAAUCCUGCAGUAUUUAGGGACCUGUCCAAACCCAUAGGUGUGGUAAAUGAGAAGAAUGCUAAGAUUGUGAAAGAGAAGUACGAGAAUUUUGAGGAUCCUCUUGGGAUGAUUGACAAAUUUCACUAUGGGACACAUUACUCAAAUGCUGCUGGUGUCAUGCAUUACCUCAUUCGGGUAGAGCCUUUCACAACACUUCAUAUCCAGCUUCAGAGUGGCAGAUUUGACUGUGCUGACAGACAGUUCCAUUCUAUUCCUGCUACCUGGCAGGCACUCAUGGACAACCCCAAUGAUGUCAAGGAACUUAUACCAGAGUUUUUCUACUUUCCAGAAUUCCUGGAGAAUCAAAAUGGUAAACUGACUGCUAAGAAUAUUCUCACAGAAAACUUCCUGUAUUUUUCAGAAAAGAAUUGUUACAGCCAUUUAUGAAUGUUGAGGAACACUUACUAUUUUAACUUUAUGGUGUGACCAUAGACAUUAAUCAUGAUGCUAGCUUCACACUGUUCAGUGAAGAUACCAGUUGUGUUAAGCAGCAGCCUAAGCGUAGUUUAAAAUUCAGGCUAUGGGCUUUAAGGAUGGCUAAAAAUGGGUUGUUUACCCAAUGGAAAGUACUAGAGAUGCUCAUUUGGAUGUUUGAAAAAGUUAAUAAUAGUUAAUACUGAUUAAAUACUUAGCAAAAGUUAAGAGAUACAUUAUAAUUAUUGUAAUGCUCAUUGAAAAGACAAUAUCCUGCAUUCUGACAUGAGAUUCCUAGAUGUUUUUUGAUUCGCAUUUAUUGUUUUGUGAUUUGUUUCUCUAUCUUUGCACAAUUUGAAAAUGGCUUUGUAUGUUUGUUACAUACAAAGUUACAGUCUACUGGAGUUCUGAAUUAGAAAAAUUGGGAGCUCC